AUAUAAUGUAAUUAAAUUGCAGGAAUAAUUAUAUAGUCAUAGUCAGUUAUACACUUUGGCAAAAUGCAUUUAAAAUGCAGAUGAAAGAAAAAUUAUUUUAGAUAAAUGACCUUCAGAUUAAGUUUUUCAUUUACAUAUAAAAACGAUUUCAUUUCUUACAAAAGUACAAGAAACGAAAGUAAAAAGCAUAAAAAAUAUAAUUAUUAAAUUAGGGCGUAAUUCAAAAUUAAAUAUUACUAAUUUUGAACGCAGCCGCAUUUUGGCUGCCAUUUGCUGUAAUCUGUCAUUCAUUUAAUGUUAUUGAAUAGGUGUGUUUUUAAUUUGUUUUGGUAUUAAGAAGCUUAAUUUUGUCCUAAAUUUAAGUGGUUGGUGUACGAAAUUCGUUAACAAAGUAGUUCUAAAGCCCGCCAUGAGCAAUAUGUGCACGAAACAGUCAUAAUUAAAAUUAUGAAGCUGUGGGACCAAGUUAAUUUAAUGGCAUUUCCUGUUAGCAGACAAAAUAAGCAUUGUUUGUAUCUAUAAGUUGUAAAAUGAACACAGCAUGUCUUUUUUGAGUACUACCGAAAAUGUGGGUUUCAGUGGCAUUCCACAAAAUAUAUCAGAUGCAAGCUGUGCAACUCAAUACAAGUUGGCAGUGGAGGGUGUCUCGGGGAACUGUGGAGAUGUUAACAUGUUCAUACAGGACAGCUCUGGCGAUGAACAGACUUACAUACCACACUUGAAUGAAAAUUUCUUCCAAACCAAAUUUAAAAUAGAUCCCAACGAGCUUUACACAUUUCAUGAUUCUGACAUCAUUGCCGGCGAAAUAACUGUUAGUCAUACGGAUGAUAAUUUUAUGUUCCCUGAUAAUGUAGAAGUUAAGGCCAAGUUCUUGGACAGCCCGAAUAAUGAGGUGGAUCUUCAGAUCAAAGGCUCUCUUCCGAACGGGGAGGUCAUCAGGGAUGAGAUCAAGCUUGAGAUUGUGCCUAAUGGGCAUUUCAUGCCCGAGCCUAAGCAUCCCAUGACUCCCAACUACAAAGAUGUGAAGACUGCUAAUACCAAAGUUCAGAAAGCAAAGAAUCCAAGCCUCGGAAAAGAAAUCAGUCGGAGUAACUCUGUUGAAGCAAGACGGUCAAGUGUUCACAGCCCAAAGGGCCAAUCUAAUAAUGUAGCCUCAUGUAAGAAAGUCAGUAUUAAUAGUCUUAAUACUAAUCAUAGUAAGUCCUCAUCAAAUCCCAAACUGUCAGGGUCGGAAACAUUUCUGGAUGUUUUUAAAAGAGAACAGGGGCUGAAUGAGAAUGCCCCGGCAGUUAUAAAGACUGAGUCUCCUGCUGCACCCCCACCUAAAGCACCACCAUCUUCAGUGAAGAAAGCACCAUCAGCCAAGUCCUCCCAAAACAAAGUCCGGCGAGGCCGCGGGCCGGCGGUCCACGAGGCCUUGCAGCGGAUACCCACACCUCGCGCCGUACCCGUCCCCAACCGGGCCUGGCAUGCCCCUGGGGACAGCUUGUUUGACUGCGGGCCCCUUGACGAUAGACAACCGAGGUUCCGGCAACUUGAAAGCAGCAGCAGUGACGAUGAUAACAUACCUGAGUUUGAAUUAGGCACUGGUCCCGUCUGCGUAGAAGAAAGCGCGGCAGAGUCCCGAGGGGCUCGCCUAGCGCUCCGCAGAGCGGCACUAAGGAGGCAUGUCGUCAGGGCAGACACCUCUUUACGCCUCGCAAGGGACUUUCGGGAGCACAAAUCACUUGCUGCUAUCAUUAAGAAACAACUCAACGGGCAAGGUUCAUCGUGCCACCUUCCAACUCAGAUGGUGAACCAUUUGCUGGCGAUGCGCGGCAUGCCCGACGUCCUGUCUUCGCGGGAACGGCGGAGACUCAGAGAAAUCGGUUGGUCUGGCGGCGAGAGUGGCUCUCUAAAACCGUGCCUCGGUUCCGCGUGCUCCGAGGACGGCUGCGGCGCCCCGCGCCUCCCGUGCGGGCGCUAUUGUCUAUCGCAUGUUACUUUGGCGCCCGAACAACGAUUGUACGCGUCGUGCGCGGCGGUGUUCGCCGGGGGAGCGAGGUGUAAGCAGCCGAUAUUGCCGCUCCAAGAGCAGACGCCGCUGUGUGCUGAACAUGCGUGGAAGCGAGAUAACUACGACAAGCUGAGCCGCGACAGCAGGCCGAAGAAGCUCGCGAGGAAGCGCGUGGCGCCGCCCACGCCGCGCCGCGCCAAGCGCCGGCGGCGCCUGCCCAAGCGGAGCCUGCCUGCGCCCAACCACUCGCUCUCAGAAAUCAACGUGUGCUCGAAUUCGUCGGCAUACGACAGCUCGGAGGACACCGGCAUGGGCGCGCUCAGUGAAAACGAGUUCAUUGUUUCGGCCAGCAACUCGCAUGAACUUGAAGUCGGUGAAGUGGGCCAAGUGCCCCCCGACGACAUCCUGGACCCGGCCGUGCUCAGCCAGAUCCCCGACGAGGCGUUCACGGAGUUCUUCAACCAAGGUGGUUCGUCAUUUGCGGAGAGUUCGGAGCUGGCCGCAGCGCUGGAGGCCGUGCUGGACGAGCGCGCGCUGGACAGCAUCGGGGACGUGUUCCAGCACUCACCGCACCAGCCUAAGCCUAAGAUGCAAGUGCCAGCAUCAGUGGCAAUGGAGAUGUCCUCGAGCGCGCCUUCAUAACACACUAAUCUAACUAUGUUAAGCUAAAAUAUACUAUGUACUACAAUAGGAACAAAUUCAUAGUCUCAAAGAGUUGAAAUUAAUUUCUUCAUGCUUUAAGUUUUGUAUGUCUGUGUAAUGAAUGGAUUGUGGAGUGCCGUGUACGUGAUAUUAGUUGGGGUUUAGGGUCCGUAGCUGAAUGGUAAAUAGCUUGGUCUAUAAAUGUACAGGUAAACUCGAAACUGUUUUCGAUUGGCUUCGCAACGUACGCUUAAAGAAUUACCUCAUUUUCUAAUUUAGAAAAUAAGUAGUGAUUUGUUGUAACCCGCUGUUUAAAAUUCAGAAUUUGACUUUGUAACAUCGAUCUGGUUUACUAUUGGAAAUUGAAAUCUAAAGUGAUUUUAGGAUGCAGAAAUAAUUUAAUACAUUUGGACCUGUCAAGGCAGGAGCUGCGUGUAAAUAAUACAUUGUUGGUUUAAGUGUAGUCAUUCAUAUAAUUUGUAGGUAGUUAUAUGCUUGCCUAUUAUUAUUGCUCCUUAUAAUAAAUAAUAACUUGCACAUUUUGGGAACCUGAAUAUGACAUUUGAAUUUGAACAGAACCAUGUUGGAUCUAUGUCAUAAAAUUCGUUACACGUUGAAAUGAAAUUUGUUACACAUUGAAACGAAAUCCGUUACACAUUGAAAUGAAAUUCGUUACACAUUGAAAAUGAAAUUCGUUCCACAUUAAAAUGAAAUUCAUGACACGUGACAGUUGGUGCUACGUUGAUAUGACAUUAAAGUCUAAUUUGUUUCAAUAUUGUCAAUGACACAGCGUUGCGUUGCGUGGCUAUUCGAAAAUGAUUUUUAGACAGUGACAGAAACUUCCUUGCUAAAUAUGUAAAGUUUUUGCUUCGAAUGGAAAGAAUCUUUGUAAAAUGUUGCUCAUUCAAAUGUUACUAAGGUUUUUAAGGGUCUGUUUUGGAGGCGUUUGAUAACUUCGUUUUUAUCUUUGAUUCGGGUAGACCUAAUCCAUAGUUUCUCAAAAUCAACAUGAAGGUGAAUGUACUGUCACUAUUCGUGCUUCGUAUUUUAUUGCUAUUCCACUCGAAUGAUGGUUCCUAUGACAGUGCCUUCAAGUCUCGGUUUCUUGGGCUUGGUGGAAAAAUAAUGCUAGAGAAAUGUUUUUACCGUAUUUUUUUUUCUUAAAAGUUACACUUCUAAAUAAAUGAAUGUGCUAAACAUUUAACAUGACAGCCAUAUGACGUCAUUGUUAUGUGUUAACUGUCAUUGGGACCAUCAUUGGUCGCGCGAGGUAUAAUGUAGACGGCUGUCUUCGGCUUCGUACAUUACGCGCUAACUCUGUCGACGUUAAUAAAUCUCAAAACAGACCCUGACUUACCCCUAUUGUAUUUAUAAUGCCCAAUGUACAAUAUAAUGUACAUAUUAAAUGGUCUGGUUUAAAUUCUUGAAACAGCUUUAUUUUUACUAUUAUCAAAUACAUAAAAGAGAUUCCACGACUAACAUGACAUUAUGUGACAAAUAUUGUACAUUGGGUUAUGAUUACGGGUACCAUGAGUUGACAUUUGACGUUUACGCUAGCGACUGCGUGAACUCAAUCGCAGUCCAUCUCGCUCGCAUUGAUGUAUUAAUGUGAUCUAGAGAGACUGCGAUAGAGUUCACGCAGUCGCUUGCGUAAAUGUCAAAUGCCAACUCAUGAUAGCCGUACAGGACAAAAUACAACCGCAGUGUCUUCAGUCUUCGCAUUAUAAAAGAGAUAGCAUGCAUGUACAAAUCAAACACCAAUACAUUAAUAUAGCUAGGGCGUAACCCUUCCAAUGUAUCGUCGUAAUUAGCUUAGGGGAAUUGUUACUACGUAGAAAAUGUGUGUUGUUACAGGUUAAGUCGUGGUUAGACCAGGAUGGUAGCAAGAUUUUCAAUACUAGCAUAAACUGAGGAGAAUACUAAUAACGUAAAGUACGUUCAAAAACAUGUCACCGCAAGUGUUAGUUGGAGUAGAUGGCGCCAAUCUUUUGUGGUAACUAGGGGCCUAGCGGCCAUGAAAAUCUUAUCUCCAUGGACCAAAAAGUGUCCGUUAAAAAACCUUAAAUAGGUGGCGCUACAAUACCUAAAAUACUUGAAAAAAAAAAACGGACCAUAGACGGCGCACUUCACCCCGCCAAUAACACCUACCUUCUUAGCUACUCUAGCGCUACUCUGGAGAGAUUUGGAACUACAUACUUUUGCAACAGUUCUGCCUAUGCAGAUUGUAUUCCUUACCUCUACCUUCUACCUCC